UGAAAGGUUGAGUCGCUGAGUGGGGUCCUCUGUCCCAUCGUCUCUUAUAACAGGAAGAUUGAAGUCGAAGGUGGUUGGCCAAGAUGCCAGAAGGGAUGGCGAACGGUGGGAGGAAGCUUGUGACUCUCGAUGACCUCAUCGAUGCCCUGGAUAAGCGUGAGAGGGCGCCGAGCAAUGUCCCAAAGGUCGAGACAUUUCACUUCAAGGGGGACAAGGUAUCCGACUGGUUAGAUCUGAGAGAACAGGCACUGGUGGGACUGUCAGAUGAGGUCAAGCUGCAGCGGGUCCUGAGGUACGUCCUGCAUAGCCACCAUCGAGAAGUAACUAAGGUUGUGGAUGCUGCUGGUGGCAGCUGCACAAAGUUCGGGGACCUAAUGCGAAGGAAGUACAGGCUGGGGGACGACCUGUUGACCAUGGCCGACUUGGAGGCCAUAAAUAAAGAAGACUUUUCUACCAUUGGGGUGUUUGUGCACGAGUUUAAGAAAAGGGUGAGAAAAGUGCACGGGAUCUCUGAGGAGGCGCAGUGCGCCACAUUUCUGGGACUGCUUACGGGCUGGGAGGCCACAAAGCUAACCAAGUAUGGGGAAGGGAGCGAGAGACUCACCUGGGCAACCAUUGACAAGGGAGUGGAAGAAGGGAGUCCAGACCAGGUGGGGCAGCACCAAAUGAGGCUGCAAAGGCGCAAAAGGAAGGAGAGGGAUGCCACCACAUCCGGGACCCCAGGGGUGAAGAGAAUAGUCACGGACGUGCUGGCGGCACUGGGCUAUGAUAAUGAAGCGGAGAUACAGAAAAAAGCGGUGCCAAUGGCCCAAGGCCGGGCGUCAGGGGCAAUAGAUGAGGAGGCUGGGCAAGAAGACUACGACGAAGGGGAGACAGGUCCAAGGUCAGGGAUGACCUUCAGACCCCCUACGUCGCAUGGGAGGGUGCCACAGGCCGCGCAGACCAGGGGCCAAAGUAAAGCUACCACCAGUCAAGGGUCCAGCCAGGCACCCAGUCGGGCGCCUCCUCGAAGGGAGCCUGAGCCUGAACGAAGGAAAGAAGUGGUAGAGGUUCAAGAAGAGGAAGCUGAGGGUGUUGAUGAGGAGGACGAGAGGCUCCACCAGGAAGAGGACCGGAGGGCGGAACAGAGGGCCAAGAAGAGAGGGGCUCAGGGAGGGGCGGAGCCGAGCCUGCAUGAUGGUGUGCCGAAGAGGAAAAAGUAUGCGGUCCGGCUGGAGGAAGAUUUUGACGCGGAGCGGAUGGUGGACAAGCUCCUGGAGGGCCAUAAUGAUCUGAUGAAUUUAAAGGAUAUCUUGGCCUCGGCACCUGAGGCUCCGUGGCGAGCUGAAAGGGCGGCUCUCGCGAAGGUUAGUGCCCAAUGUCCACCUGAGCUCAAUCCUGCCCAGGGAGAUAGAGUGGACAGAGGCGGGCACCAGGAUGGACUGGAAAUGYGUGGCGUGUGGGUUGGUGGACUUGAAGGCGCGCGGUACCCGAAUCCGGAUGAGGAGAAGAAGGUGGUGGAUUACUUGGAUGGGAAAAUGAGGACGUAUGUGGCUGAUUACUCCAGUGGACCGUAUGCUUCCCCUUGGUUUUGUUUUAUCAAGCCGAACGGAACGCUACAAUGGGUGCAGGACUUACAACGAUUGAAUGCAAUGACGGUGCGGGACGCGGGAGGAUUGCCGAACGCGGACGCCCUUUCAGAGUCAUGCGCAGGAAGGCCUAUAAUCUCACUUAUAGACCUUUACUCUGGGUAUGACCAGUUUCCUGUGUACCCGCGAGAUAGGCCGGUAACGGCGAUGCAUACGCCAAGGGGACUGAUUCACAUGAACGUGGCCCCUCAGGGGUGGACUAAUGCGGUGGCAAUGGUGCAAAGGCACAUGAUUAGGGCCAUGCAGACGGUCAGUCCACAUAUCACUCAGCCGAGUCAGCCCUACAUUGACGAUUUGGCGGUCAAGGGUCCAAAAGAGAAGGAGGAAGGCGAAGUGAUGCCAGGAGUGAGGCGGUUCGUCUGGAAGCACAUCCAGGAUAUUGAUCAGGUUCUGGAUCCGCUGGAAGAAUACAACCUAAUGGCAAGCGGCCCCAAAUCGAAGCAUUGUAUGAGGGAGGCCACGAUUCUGGGCUUUGUCUGCAACGAGAAGGGGCGGAGGCCAGACGUAAAGAAAACGGAUAAGAUCCUAGAGUGGCCAGUCCCUUUCCAGUCAAUAAUAGACGUGAGGAGAUUCCUCGGGACCUGUGGGUUUUGGAGGAGUUUUGUGAAGGACUUCGCCACCAAGACGGAGCAUCUGAGGAAGCUGGUGCUUGAGUUUCGGCGGAUCACGAGCGAGGAUCUGAGACCACCCUCACCAUUGCCAUCAGCGCAGGAGCUGGACAUACCAAGAGAGACGCCAUUCCGAAGCUUAGCGACUCAUCAGGAUGCAUCUCGAUGGGAGGCCUCGCGAUUGGGGGAGGGCUCAAAUGAGCCGUCGCGCUAUGUGCCGUUGGAAGAGCCUUUGGACGUCGGGAUGGAGACGGACAUGCAGGACCGAGAGGAGCCACAGGGUCGUGAGAUGGCAGCUGGGCGACCGGAUCCGGUACGACCUCAGGGUGGGGAGGUGAUCAUGGUCAGAGACGAUACCCCUCCAUGUUCCCCAGUUCCAGAGCCAGCACAACAUUCAUGGCCAAAGGGGAUUCCUGAGCCGGGCAGCGAGAAGAUUCCGGAGUCUCCCCCUGCGGCCGCCAUUACGCCUGAGAAGGAGGCAGAGGCGGAGGACCAGGGAGUGUGUGAGAGAGCGAGGAUGGAGGCGCCUCCUGACUUGCCACUGUCCACGCAUGUGACCAACAGUCCGGUUAUCGAGGAGCCCGUUCCAGCGGAGUUACCGCCAGGGCCGCGAGCGGGAAGAGCCCCAAGAGAAACCCGCGAAGAGAAGUCUGCCCGAGUGCGAGUCCGUCUGGACGAGAUAUACGCGAAACAGACCGAGAUGGAGGCGGCAGGGAUAGAGCCGACACCGCCAGUCGAGCCCAAGACGAGCGAGCAGAGGAUCGACGAGUUGUGGGCUAGGUAUAAGAGCCAGAGGGAUGAUGCCCGCCAGAGGUCACGAGAGGCAGGACGGGCGGAUAAGGAGACGAGUAAGUUGAGGGAGAUGGGGGACUUGGGGUUCUCCGCGAUCAGGCAGGCAGUUGAGCACAUGGAUCGGAGGGUAUGCGAGACGACAGUCACAUCUUUCCAGUGGUAUAAUGUACUCAGCAAUAAGCUCAGGGUUAAGGAGUCGGAGGUAGAGCACCUGACUACUCAGCUUGUCGAGGAGAGGGCGAGGAGCCAGGCUAGAGAGGUUGAGUGGGAGAGGAGAUUUGGGGAGAUGGGGGCCGGUGUGGAUAGACUCUCGGUAGCCUGGGAGGCUAGCCAGAUGGGGCGAGCCGGUGCCGGUGCCGGUGGGGAGGGCCGAGGGGUGCAGGCUUCGCCGAGCCAGGGAGCAGCCAUGGAGGUCCCUCGACAGGGUGAGCCAAUGGAGGAGGUGCCUUUGGACGCAGCCGAAGAGGAGGGUGGCACACAGAAGUCGUUUAUGGCUAUGUCCACGGAGAGGAGGAGUUCGCAGCUGCAUGAGUUGGCGGCUGCCAUGGGGAUAAGCAUCCCACAGGAGGGGCCUCAGAGGCUUAACGCUCCAGAGGAUGCUCCGAGGUUGGGAGAGUUGAGGACGGAGCUGGGCUCCUGGCCAUGGAGACGGACUCAGAGGAGCCUGACUCGCGGCGACAACAGCAGCAGGAGGCCAUGAGUGAGCCCACCACCAUGGUGAGCCCUCGGCCGUCAGGACCAUGUGGGGAUGAGGUGGUGGUUGAGACAGAGAGGGCUCAUGAGGAGGGACCCUAAGAGUUGGAUAUGCCAGACGACAGGCCAGGGAGCACAGCCACACGAAGGGGAGGAGGUGUUGAGGCUAUGGAGCCCGGACCUCAGGGCCAUAUGGGAUCGUCGUCGUGUCAUGAGGUGACUACUGGGACCAUAGAGGCGCCUUCGGCAUCCAGUUC